AUGGCUAUGGCCGAUGGCAUAUCGUCGGCGGCACAGUGGUCGACGAAGCAGUCCCUCUCGACCAUUCGAACCGCCCUUCCAUCUCGGCGAAUGUCUCCCAAGGCUCGCGACGAAGGGACGCAUGGCGCUGUAGAACAGACGAGAGGCCCCAGUCUAGUAAGCAGGGGCGAAGGCUUCGAGGCAUCAGCAACCCUACAGUCGGGUUCCCGGCGUAGUCCGUCAAGCGACGCCACGUCAAGGUCACAGGCCAGGAGUCCGGUUUCAAUGUCCAGCGACAGCUCCCCCAAGGAUGCCAGGUCUAAACCAAGACCCAGCCCGGCACCGACAGCGACGGGCUCGUCAGUAGGCCAGACGGGCCAGGUGUGCAGCAACUGCGGUACGACACGGACACCGUUGUGGAGGAGAUCGCCCCAGGGCUCGACGAUAUGCAAUGCUUGCGGCCUGUAUCAGAAGGCAAGAAACGCCUCGCGGCCGACUAACCUAAAGAAGCCUCCGCAUCUCGUUGCUGCGUCGCCAAGAACCGUCCCCCCAAAGAUCGCCCCCGCGCCAGGCCCAGGUCCGAAAUAUCUCAGCGCUCCUGCUCCAACGUACGUCACCGAAGAACAGCAGCCAUCAGGUACUUGUCCCGGCGGUGGGAAAUGCAACGGCACGGGAGGCGCCGAAGGUUGCAGCGGCUGUCCUGCUUACAACAACCGCGUGUCAAAGUCAGCCCAUCUGAACGUCGGUCAGGGGCAAGGUUGUGGAGGCGGGUCUUCAGGUCAGUCUGCUGGUGAGCCGAUGGCCGUAGAUGAUCCUGCAGCUCCAGUCGACAUUGCUGCACUGCAAGCCCAGGGGCAAAAUACGAACCAAACGGUUGUGAUCGCUUGCCAAAACUGCGGCACCACCAUCACUCCGCUAUGGAGGCGAGACGAAAGUGGCCACACGAUCUGCAAUGCCUGUGGGCUUUACUACAAGCUUCAUGGUGUUCACCGACCUGUGACGAUGAAGAAGUCAAUCAUCAAGAGGCGUAAGAGGGUUAUUCCGUCUUCGUUCGGCGGCGAAUGGACCGAGGAGAUGCUCGAGGGAUCCGAAACGCAGAGCGUGGCUCCAGAGGGUAGUCCUGAAAGGGGUACCAUGAAUGAAGACGGGUCUAUCAAUCUGGGCUUCCGGCGUCGUGAAGAGAAGACGAACACCGUGACCAUGCUUCCGGACCCUAACCUGCGCCAAAACCGACAAGGCUCGCCGCUGCCCUCCCACGAUUUGGCCGCUUACCAAUCAUCAGGCUCCCGGACUUCACGCCCCUAUUCAGGAUCGCUCAACGAUGACAACCGACUUGCUCCGAUCACGUCGUUAACCGCCGCCGGCGAACGGCAAUCUUCCCUGUCACCUGCUUCCUUCCUUUCCUCUAGGAAGCGAUCGCUAUCUGCCGAGGGAAACCUGCCAGGCGACGGUGGGCCGGAUACGUCGAAAAGAUUGUCGUCCAUUAAGUCGAUCCUUAACCCCACCAGCGCAGAUGACAACCCUGCAUACCACUCAGGCAGCGAAGAUGCCGCAGAACACUACGCCCGGUCUGCCAUGUCUCCCGCCGCCUCUGCGCCGAGUCCCGGGUCGUACUCCAACACCCAAACUACCCCUCUUCCGUCUCCAGGGCCAAGUAGCCAAACAAGCAACCUAGGUUACAGGCCAGAUAACGAGAGGCUCAAGGCAGAGAAGAGAGCGGCUCUUGUUCGAGAAGCCGAGAGGAUGAGGGAAAUGUUAGCCGCGAAAGAGAGGGAGUUGGCGGAACUGGGAAACGAAUAA